AGUAUUGGUUUUUGGUUUUUUACAAAUGGCUUUGCCUACCCAACUAUCCUUUAACAAAAUGUUUCUUCAUGAAAAUAGGUCUAGGUCUUUAGCUCUAGUAUCAUGGAACUCUAAUAUCUCUUGUCCAACUAAAUGCAGCGCAACAAAUGAAGUUUCAAAUAAUCAUAAUCAAAAUAUUCCUCGUCCAUCUUCAAUGUUCCAAUUCCAACCUUCAAUUUGGACCGAUGAUUAUAUUCAAUCAUUAAAUAGUGAAUAUAAGGGCGAAAUAUAUGCAAAGAAAUUCAGAGUAUUAAGGGAAAAAGUGAAGAUGAUGUUUAACAAAAUGGAAAGUGAGGUUUAUCAACUUGAGUUUAUUGAUGUAUUGCAAAGGCUUGGAGUUGAUUAUCAUUUCAACUAUGAAAUAAGGAACAUGUUGGAUAAUAUUUACAACACACAAACAUCCAACUUGAAGAAUAAUUUAUAUGCCACAGCACUCAAGUUUAGACUCUUAAGGCAGCAUGGUUAUGACAUAUCUACAGAUGUUUUUGUUUGUUUUCAAGAUGAAAUAUAUAAUUUGAAAAAAGACGAAGCAAUUGUUGUUGAGGGAAUGUUGUCAAUGUAUGAAGCUUCAUUUCAUUCAUUUGAAGAUGAAACUAUAUUGGAUGAAGCAAGAGAUUUCACAACAAAGUUUCUCAAAGAGGAUUUGAACAAACAUGGAGAUGAUGAUGUUAUGUCAAUUCAAAUAAGCCAUGCUUUAGAGUUUCCACUACAUUGGAGAAUUUCUCGAUCGGAGGCACGUUGGUUCAUUAAUAUUUAUGAAAGACAACAUAAUAAGAGUUGUGUGUUACUUCAUUUUGCUAAAUUAGAUUUCAACAUUGUUCAAAGUAUCUACCAAGAAGAGCUUAAAUACUCGUCCAGAUGGUGGGAAAAAAUCGAAUUUGGAGAAAAGUUGAGCUUUGCUAGGAAUAGAUUGGUUGAAAAUUAUGUUUGGACAGUGGGAACAAAUUCCAAGCCGGAUUUUGAAUAUUACCGAAAAGAAAUAACAAAAGUAGGUUGUUUUAUUACCACAAUUGAUGAUAUUUAUGAAAUGGGUGGUACCUUAGAAGAACUAGAGCUCUUCACAAAAGCAAUUGAUAGAUGGGAUCUAAAUGCCAUGGAACCUCUUCCACACCACAUGAAAAUAUGCUUCCAUGCACUUUAUAACUUUGUGAAUGAAAUUUCAUUUGAAACCUUGAAAAGGAGUGGGAACAAUAUCACAUCUUAUUUGAAGAAAGGAUGGACAGAUCUUUGUAAAUCAUUUUUGAUUGAAGCAAAAUGGUAUCAUAAUGGAUAUACUCCGAGCUUUGAAGAAUACUUAGAGAAUGCAAUGAUAAAUAUAGGUGUACCAAAUGUACUUAUACAUACAUACUUUUUUAUUUCAAAUACAUUAAAAAUGGAAGAUUUGGCUAGUUUAGAAGAAAACUCCAACCUCAUUCGAUAUCCAGCAAUACUUUUACGUCUCGCUAAUGACCUCGGAACAAAUAAACGUGAAAAGGAAAUGGGUGAUUAUCCAAAAUCAAUUCAAUGCUACAUGAAGGAAACAGGAAGUUCUGAAGAAGAGGCUUUUGAGUAUGUCAAGUCCACCAUGUAUUCUACCUGGAGAAAGUUGAAUAAAGAAUCUCAUAUAUCUUCAUUCUCUACUAGUUUCAUAGAAAUUGCGAUGAACAUUGGUAGAAUGGCCUUGUUUAUGUACCAACAUGGAGACGGUCAUAGCAUUCAAGAUUCUAAAAUUCAAAAUGGCAUAAUGUCAUUAAUAUUUCAGGCAAUUCCUAUUAUAUAUACUACACAUCAUAAAUGAUUUUUAUUUUAUUUUAUUUUUGAUAUUUUGCUAGUGAAUCAUAUUUGGGCGUAACACAUGUCAUAUUUAUAUAUCGGCACUACAAGAAAAAAAGGAUAUGCAAUAGUCUAUUUGGGGUGUUUUAGUAGUUCUAACCAUCACUAACUCUGGGUUGUGAAGUUUGUUGUCAACUUUUGCAAUACUUUGUGUUACAAUUCUACUCAACUAUCAUAUUAUAUUGUGACAUUUUAGAAACUGCCUCUAAAUUAAAAUUGGAACAACAGUAAAUGUCAUUAUUUUAUUUGACAUUUAAUUUUUGAAGGUGUAUUGAGACUGUUGUAAUCAAUAGCAA